AUAGCUGUGGAUUUUCCCACCAAAAAUAGCAGAGAAAAUUGAGCUGAAAAGAAUCAAUCUGUCUUUGAAGAAAUGGCCACAGCCUCUAGCACCUUCCUCUCUUCAACAACAUUGAUCUAUGCCCAGAAAGUUAGUACCAGGAGACAAUUGAGCUUUUGCAAAGCACAGAGUGAGUCUUCUUCUUCUUCAUCAUCUGGACCAGGAGGUCCAGUUGUGACCAAGAGAGGCCUGGGCAUCAGCUUUGCCACCAGCCUUGUUAUUUCAGUGGUUGGAGGAGGAGAGUGGUUUAAGUCCAAUGCAGCAAUUCUAGAAGCUGAUGAUGAUGUGGAGCUUUUGGAGAAGGUUAAGAAAGAUAGGCAGAAGAGGCUUGAAAGACAGCAAGUCAUCAGCUCUGCCAAAAAAGAAACAGGAGAUCUGCAGGAACUGGUGUUCAGGCUCAGCAAAGUAGGCCAGGCCCUCGAUGGUAAUGACUGGUCUACAGCUAGUUCUGUUCUCGGGGAUAAAGAUUGGGUUAAGAAGGCCAAUGUAGCUUUGAAUAAGCUGAGCUCUAGUCCUGAAGAGCAGACUGAGGUGGAUGCAUUUAAUUCCUCGCUCGCUUCGUUGAUAUCAUCAGUUGCAAAGAAUGAUGUAGAGUCCUCCAAACUUGCCUUUGUGUCGUCUGCUACUGCAAUCGAGAAAUGGACAGCACUAACCGGGCUAGGUGGCCAGCUUAAGGGACUUUAAACAGACAGAUGAUUACUUGCUUUCACAUGAUUUUCUUUUUCUAUGACAGGAGAACUGUUAGUAGCAGUCUCAGUUGAGCUUCAGCUACAACAGAUUACAUUAAGCAUUACCAAUUACGAGUGCAUCAAUCUCAUAAAUUUUUUUCAACUGAACUAGUGGAAUUUCCCAUUUUUGAAUACAUUGCUCACCAGUAUUUGCAAAACUCGGAAUCCUGGGCAGCUGUAAUUAAUACUCUUUAGAAUCGACGAGAUC